GGCGGCGCGGGCUCCGGCGGGGCCAGGGGAGGCGCUGCAGCCUGGGCGCGCAGGGCAAGGGCCGGGCCGGGCCGCAGCAUGGCCAAGCACGUCUUCCUCACCGGAUCCCCAGGAGUUGGAAAGACUACAUUGAUCCAGAAAGCAACUCAAGCUCUGAAAUCCUCUGGAAUCCCUAUUGAUGGAUUUUAUACAGAGGAAGUCAGAGUGGAUGGCAGGAGAACAGGAUUUGAUGUUGUCACUUUGUCUGGAGGACGGGGAACUUUAUCAAAAGUUGGUUCUGAUUCAACUACUGCAAGACGUGAAUAUCGCGUUGGGCAGUACGUAGUGGACCUGGUUUCAUUUGAGCAGUUGGUUCUUCCUGUGCUGAGAAAUGUUAAUCUUGACAGUGGCACAGGGAAAAAAGUUUGUGUAAUAGAUGAGAUUGGUAAAAUGGAACUCUUCAGUCAGUCUUUUAUACGAGCCGUUCGUCAAACUCUGGCCGGUUCAGGGACUGUGAUACUUGGAACUAUACCAAUACCUAAAGGCAAGCCACUCGGAUUUGUAGAAGAAAUACGAAGUAGGAAGGAUGUUAAGGUAUUCAGUGUUACUAAGGAAAAUAGAGACAGCCUUUUGGAGGAUAUUGUGACAACUGUUCAGAAUUGCAGAAAGUGAAGACAACUUUCUUUUUUGUAAGAAAAAUAAGUUCUUAUUUUAGUUUAUAGCAGAAAAGCACAGACCUACACCUGCACCAAGGCACUGCAGUCUUCAUUGUGAGCAAGAUAGUACUCAAGUGGAAAAUAAGUUGGUGGGGUCCCAUGUUUGUCGCUUUCUUAUAAAUAAACCCCCCCCCCAAAACUUGCCAGGAUUCUCUCUCACACAGACAUGCACCCUGCUCCACAACCUCCCCCUGCCACAGUGCCUCAUCAUGGGAUUUGAAACCAACUGGUUACAGUUAUGCAUAUCCAAUUAACUAUCAAACUCAAUUGAACCACUGAUUUAGGCUGUGGUUUUGUAAUACAUAUUGCAUAGAUGGCCAGCUGUGCCCAGAGACAAAUUAAAAUAAUUGGGGCUCUUUUAUAGACUGAAAUCUAUACCACUCAUUGAAGAAUUAGUGCUUGGCUUCUGCAGAGCAGGAUAGAAUCUUGUCUGAACUACAUUAUUUUCUAUAUGUAUUAUCAUCACCUCCAAAAUGACCUAGCUUAGGCAUUCUGUUUAAACAUGUCUUCAUGACCUUUCCAGUGAGCUUUGGCUGGUCAGUAUUACAGCCCAAUACAGAAAGUAUAGAGCAGGUAAGCUGAGUUCAAUUUUGAAUCGGAGAUAAAGCACUGUGUAACUUGAUGAUGGCAUCUUUAUAGGAAAGGCCCACUUUAAAUCAUUUAACUGCUGCCUGAGGGGUGCAUUGCUUGUUCUAUAUUUCUUUAGCAAAUUUUGUGAUGGGAAGGAAAAACAAGACAAUACUUUAGUACCCUGGCUUCCUUGGCAGAUGCUUUUAUUCCAUGAAAUAUUUAAAAUAUAAGUUCAAACCUAAUGCUACAUUUGACUAUUCAAGUUGAACAAUUCAUUAAGGCUUAUUGAUGCUUAAUGAUUUCUGUUUAUUUCCUUUUUCAAUCCUGUACGUAGUUUUUGGUUAAUGAUGAAAUAAGACAUGAUUGAGAGUAUUAGAUGACAUAUAUCCCCAGGAGGUUUGUAAAUGUGUUCAGGAAAAAGAAGUGUUUACCACUUAAUCAGUUUUGCAUGUCAUGAAAACUUAAUUCCCAGCCAGGUGCAGACUUGUUCUCUCAUGAUACAAAGCAUUCUCUGGCUUCAAAAAUUGUUAAGAAUCUAGCUUUCCUUAUUCCUGGAUUGCUGAUGUACAUGGCAACAAAUGUUUAAGUGAACACAUCGGUUUAAAGGCAUGUGAAAACUUGUGUUGUAGUCGCUCAGUCAUUUGUUCCCACGCCAUUACGCUCCAACAGCAGAAGUUCUACAUACGCUGCCAGAUGGCGACAGGCCUUUCCACAGGUGCACAGUAUGCUGUGGGUAACCUGCAAGGAACUCCUUACUCUCUCUCAUUCACAGUAUGAGUACCUGUUAGAAACACUGCCCAGCUAUGGACCACUGGACAACAUCAUACCAGAGUGGAGAGGGAACCAUAGGACCAUUCCUUCUCUGAUUCACUUAAUAUGCAGUACUGGCUGAGUCAGUUUAGAAGAAAGUAUAACUGUCACUGAGCUCCCUGUGGGCUGUGCUGCAAUAGGCUAAUCCAGGGGGUGGGCAAAAUAUGGCCCAGGGGCUGGAUCUGGCUCACCAGGAGAUUCUGUUCAGCCUGCAGCAGGUCCCUCGGCUCUGCCCAGCCCAGGUGCUGGUGGCAGCCUGGGCUAUAGCAUGUGUAGCCAUUCCCGAUUCCUGGCAGCCCUUGCAGCAGUAUUUCUUCUGGUUGCUGCCGCCAAUGUCUCUGCCACCACCAGCCCCAGUGUCUGGGUACCCUGGCCCAUUUGCCUUGCUCCCCCCACCAGGGGCUCUGGACAGAGCGAGGAGGCAGGAUCUCUUUGAAGAUCAGCCUGGGACCCCUGUGAGUAGGGUGUCCUUUGCUGGGUGGAUAGGAUGGGCCCAUGGGCAGGUGGGGAGCAGCAUCCGGGAGCAGGAUGGGCAGGCAGGGCCACUGCCAGAGCCUGGAUUACAGGGUGGUGACAGGCAGGGCCAGGGCUCAGGGCAAUGCUCCAAUCCACUACCUGCCUGCAGAACUGGCACCCAUUGCAGGGCCAUACAGAGAACAGAUCGGAGCUCUGCCCCAGCACCUGUCCUCAUGCUGUCACUGUCCUGUCUGCCUGUCCCAUGCACAGACACCACUCUGUGCCUACCUCUGACCCCAUCCCAUCUGCCUGACCAAGCGUGCCUUGCCCAUGGGGGUCCCAGCUGAUCUCCAUGGAGACCCUGCCCACCCGCUCUGUCUGGCACCCCUGGCACUGGGUGCGGGGCAGCUCCCAAACUCUGGAUGCCUCUGUUUGUAUAGUAGUUUGUAUGAUGGAUGCCCUACUCCAGGGCUGUCCUACUGGCAGCCCCCAAACCAUAUAUGCCCUGUUAGGGGUUAACAUGCUGCCUGUGGCCUCCUGCCUGGCUGGUACUCCAUCCAUAGCUCUUGUGGUGGCACCAGGCAGCUCUCCCUCCCUUUUCUGGCUUCCGGUUCUAGCCCUGCUCCUAGGGUCAGGCUGGCCCUGUGGGAGGGAGCCAGGCUGCCUGUGCUGUACGUGUGACGGGAGGAUGCUGGGCUGUGUGCUUGGCAAAAAAAGGGGGCCAGGCUGCCUGUGCAGCAUGUAGCCAGAAGGGGAGCAGAUAAAUGCUCUGAAAGGAAGACGAGUUGUAUAUGCGGUAGAGGAGGGAGCUCAGGGUAGGCCUAGCCACUGUGCCAUGCACCCCCCAGGUCUGUGGCCUCUGCUGCAUGUGGCCCCUGGCUGCCCAGAAGUAGGACAGCCCUAAUAGGAAGCUUUGUGCACCAUACCCCACACACCUGUCCCGUGUCCUCCCUCUCACAUAAGCCAAUGCUGUGUUAGACACUCUGUGCAGUAUAGCAGCCCUCAACAUUUCGUUGCAUUGUCAGCAGAAAUUAGAAGUUAUAAUUAGAAAGUUCAGUUGGCUAGUUUUAAAAUAGAAGCCGAAAGCAUGGGUGUUAUUACAGUGGUUUUGAGUCUUCAGAACAUGUCCUCAAAUGUUUACAGAAUAAGGAACAAAGUGGUUAAUUUUGCAGGGCCAAAAUGCCCUUGAGUUGUAAGGGCCAUCUAAAUAAUUGUUCUUUCAAUGAUUAAUAAUUGCCAAGUGCUUCUUGUUCUCCAGAGCAGUCAGUUGGCAUUGAGAAGAACACUGAAUAAACUGUAACUGGGCCAUUUAGGAACAGCUUUUGUUCAGCCCUGAAGUUCAUGAGAAAGACUCAUAAGACUUCAAGCACAACUGGGUGCUUAAUGAGAAAUGACUUCUAAAGAAAAAAUAAAAUCAAGGCACAGGUUAAGCAUAAAUGGCUGCUGCAGUUCUGCAGAGUCUGGAUAACCUGGUUUGUUUUCUAAGUCCUACUUUGGUCAACAAGACUUUUUCAGUUGCAUUUCUGUGAGUGGCUCAUAGUAUCCACUUUGGUGGAUAUGUUGUCUUGUUAUUGAGCACUUGUAUGGCACUUCGCUGAUCCUGGCCUCUGGUUUGUAGAAUACUGUGCACAGAGAAGAUGCUACCUGGUUAGAAAUUAAUUCACAAACCCCACCAAGUGGGGUGAGAAUUUGCUUAGUAGGCCUGUAGCAGAAAGCCCCACUUCGUACAUUUCCCUUCUGGACAUUGAUAUAACAGAAGCCUCUUCUUGCCUGCAACCCUCCACCCCUUUCACCCCCCCUCCCCCAUUUUGUGCAUUUCUUUUCCUUCUCAGUUUUGGCAGGGUGUGGCAAGGCUUCAAGCAAGCCAGAAAGCUGAAGUGGCUUUCUGUAGGAAAAACCUACAAACUACAUCUACCUAUCAAUUAAGCUUAUUGUCACUAAAGAAUACAAAAGAACUAAAAUAUCCACUGCAAAGACUGCAAAUAUAUCCCGUGCUAACUUAACUGACUUGCUGUCCCCUGUAGCCUGUGAUCCUCACUUUCUCACAUUGCAUUUUUAUAUAUUUCUGACAGUGCAUUUUUAUAUUUCGUGUCUCAUUUUUACCAUGGCAUUUUGUAUUUUAUACUUUUAAACCCUUAAGGAAUGUACUCCCUGUAGAAUGAAGUUACACUCUGGACCAGUGUUAAAAACUGCAUUGAAAUUGUAAUUGUAAAGUAAUAAAAUCUGCUAUAUUGGGCAGUCCUUUGAGUGAA